AUGAUUCAAGUCGCCCUUCUUCGAACGUCCAUUUGCGCCGUAUGCGAGAGGAUUCUUGAAGACAACUUCGAAAUCUCUGGAGUUAUGACGCACUUCCCUGAGGGGACGUACUGGAUCCGCAAUCAGCAGUUACGAACGUUUAUUGGUCUUGGCACUUCGAACCUUGAGAAAAUCGCUGAAAAACAAGAACCCCACUCCCUCAUUCGGAAUGCGAGUUCAGGUGGCGUCAUGGGUCUCAAGGCACCGGACGUCGAUUCCGGUUCUUCAAUCGUCCUUGCGGAAGCGAUAGAAGACGAUAGAGGCCAACAGUGGAGGAUCGAAUGGAUCGAUGACUAUGAGAGGAACGUGACCUAUCGUAUUGUCAAUGCGCAUAACGGUACAGUUCUCGACCAAGGAAUCCUCGCACGUGGGCAGCCAAUCAAAUCAUACCCAUAUCACGGCCGUCCCAACCAACGUUGGUUUCUGGAGCCUGCUUUUUUGCCGACAGUGGUCUGGCUCGAGCACGUACGAACUGGUUGGUACUUGCAAUAUGACGCGAGCAAUGCGAACCACGGCGCCGUCGCCCGUGACAAGAUUCCCUCGACCAACACUUCGCGAGCCCAGUUAUGGUUUCUGGAGCCUCAAGGUGUUGAUAGGAGCUUCGUCAUUCGCAGCCUCGAGGAUGACACCAAAGCCUUGGACGUUUUGGACGGUGACCUCGCAGACGGAACCUUAGUUCUUGUCUGUGCCUAUAACGGUGGACGAAGCCAGAGCUGGAAUAUUGAGAGGGUUGGAUUGACGGACGACUUAUCUGCUCCUUACGACGCCGAAAGUACCGUAUACAAUCUUGUCAAUGCUCGGACGGACACGAUGGCCCAAAUCGGGGCAGGAGGUUCUAUCCAAGUUUUCGGAGAGCAAGACCCGGCGGCUUCGCAGCAAUGGAGAAUCGUACCCUAUCCUUUCCCCCCUCUUUUCUGGGCCACCAUCCAGAACACGUAUACCGGAAUGUUUAUCAGACAGAAUGGUGCUCUGGUUGCUGCGUCUAGGGGCUCACGUUAUACGUUGGACAAAACCAUACAGUGGCGCUUCUUACCUGGUUCUGACGCACCACACCAUUUCUCGAUUGUUAAUCGCGCCUCUGGCUUGAUCGUCAUAGGUGGAAUUGGAACCCCACACGUCACACUCUUGGAGAGUGGUGGAAGGGAAGAUGGAAAUCUCUGGGCAAUGGAAAGGGAUCGAGGUGCGAGGGGGUUUGGCAUCGUGAACACGGUCACGAAUGGUGCGCUGGAUCAAUGGGAUGGGGGUGCCACGAUCCAGGCACAUCCCAACAACGGAACGAAAGAUCUGCACCAUCAAUGGGUCAUUGUGCAAGUUCUUUCCGGCCGUCUUCCCUCGUUCGCGCUAGUCAAUUCACGCACAGGGCGAUCUCUGACAUACGCCAAGACAAGUCAGCCGGAAGGAAACAUCAUCACUGCCGAACACAAACUCGAUGAUUUUUCCAACCAGUGGCUUUUCGAGAUCGUCAGUGCCAACGAUUCGAAACUACCCGUCUUCGCCAUCAUCAGCAAACUGUCUGGAAAUGUCCUCGAUCAUUACGGUGGGUACCGCCUUGCAGCCGGCAGUGACGAUACAAAAAUGGAUCACCAUCGUUGGCGACUUGUUCCGUGUCACUGCGGGGAGAUGUAUUUCCAUAUCGUCAAUCAACACACGGGAUGUCACCUCGAAGAGCAGUUCACCGGGGCUCCGAACGCGGGCGUGUCCAGUCCAAUACCCUACCCUGUUACAGACGCACACAGAUCACAAUGCUGGGAGCUCAUCUCUGCUCGAUACGAAGGAUUCGACAGCAUCAUCGUGGACGAUGAUGUUCUUCGUUUGACCUUGAAGUAUAUGGAAGCCACGCAUGUUUCUGACGCGCAGGAGUCUCUCCUGAAAAAGAGAGCCCCAGGGAGAGAGAAGAAAGGGAAAGAGAAGCAUGGUCAUAUUCCUCAAUCUCCUCGACGUUUGACUAUCUUCGCUCCUAUCAUUCGCACCAUCUUCCAUCGAGUCAUCAAUCAAUGGGAAGAGGAUACCAUUCACAUCACAGCACGCACUGCAGCCAGAGUGGCUACGAAUAGGAGCGAAGUCGAACGAGAGUUCGGCAUUCCAAUCCCUACUGCUCUUCGCAGACAGUCCGAAGUCUCCGGAUGGAUCCGCAUCGACGUUCAGAGGCCAUAUGGGACUGCGCCGGGUCAGCGUGUGGUGAAUGUCAUCGGCCAGUGGUUGGAGAGCCCGAUUUUCCACGUUAUCGUCCCUGUGGGGGUACGUGUUGGUAGAGAGAAUAUACGUGCCGCGAUGAGACAGAGCUUAGGGGGACAUACCAGUGUUAUUAUUGCACACGCCAAUUCCGUGCCGCCCGCUGGAGGCACCAUGCCAGAAACGACACCGCCGCCCGCUCCUAGGACAUGCAACGGGUGGAUAUAUUAUGCGGAGGCGAUGAGCUCGAUAGUCCUUCUGUCGCCGUUGGGAAUGUAG